AUGCGCUGUUCUGUCGGCGCGUCGGUCAGGACAACAGAUGGGGCCACAACGCUUUCCAAAGGUGGCGUCGAGCCAAUUCGACAUAUUCUCUUUCCUCCCAUCCCCGUCUGCGGCGCUAUGAAUUUUCACCUCACGAAAUUCGCUUUUUCUGUGGUGGCUGUGACAUUGCAGUACCUCAAUAUGUAUCGCACUGUUUGGUGGCUUUCUCGGCCAUGGAUUAAGUAUCCCGUGGAUAUUGAUAGCAUUGAUUACUACCUCCUGUCGUACAUCCUGCUGAUGUUCGUCAUUCCACCUGCCUACGAAGCCUUUCAACAUCUCUACUGGAGAUCUGUUACACCUCUGCGCAGUUUCAAUUGCGCUCUUGUGGGAUUUUUGGGAAUUACCCUGUGGUGCGCUCUUCAAUUCCACAUGGUAACACGUAUCAGCUAUGAUUUCUGCAUCUUUCCACGUCAGUACUUGGGCGUUCUUCUAGUUGUCUAUCAACCAAUUAUCUUCGUCAUAGUCUACUACUACGAGCCAGUAAAAAGGAUGAUUCACGUGGUUGUGGAGAAGGCGAGGUCAAUCAAUCCCCGAGAGUCCAUUCGAUUUGUCCAGUCGCAGUUAAAGUCCCUCUAUCAGACCCUGAUAUCGCGAAAGAUGCUUCAGCAGUACUUUAGUCCGUGUACCCCACGGUCCAAGGCGGGUGGUUCGCAGACAGCUCGCAUUCCGCGCUACUGCCACCUCCUACCACUUCGCUAUGCCACGGUUCAACCGCCACUUUCCAGCAACGUUCACCCCAGCACAGCGGUCACUUUCUAUACCCUCCGUCUGUCGCAUAAGCAACAGUUAGUGCCUCUGAAGCACAACUGUGUUCGAUGCUCACCCAACUCUGCAGCUAAUAUGGAAACUGCGGCACAGACAGUACGGGAGGAGGCGGAGGUGCUGUGUGCAGACUUCAAUGCGCGUUUGAUGGACACCAUAGCGGGCUCGGCUGUGGCUACCUUCUAUGCCACCAUCCUGCCCUGCUUCUUCAUCAGGCCUCGUGGACUGAGCGUGGAUCUGGUGUGGUGCAUGGGUCACGCUCUGUUGAGUGGCCUGACCUUCUUUUUGCUGCACUGGCAGUACCUCCUUCCCCCAGCCUACCUUGAUCUUCUCCAUCGCUGUGCUCUCCAUCUGGGCAGUUGGCAGGAGCUCUCACCCACCGCUCACUCCGGCUACCUCAAUUGGCAGGCCUGGUCGCAGCUACAGACGUACGCAAAGGGCGUCCACGUGAAGCAUAUCCGUGGACUCUUCCAAGCCGUGGGUGCCUCUAACGCUGCCGAACCGGGAAAUUCUUCUCAUUCAAGACUCUUUUUCUGGUUCUCCUCGCCAACGCUGGUGACCAAUGGGUUGUGCUACACGGCCGUGGUAAUCUCUCUGGGUCAGAUGUGCACACUGGAGUGGACCUUCGAGUGGUACAAACUCCUCGGUCUGGCAGCGAUGAGUCCCUUCGCGUUGCUCAACCUCUACCGCCUGUUGCGCAAUCGCACCAUCCUCUCAUGGGUGUGGGAGGAUGAGAGACCCAUCUACGAGACUAUCCCUGGCUCUUCUCCUAAAAUCCAAGAAACGCAUGCCAACUGUCUCCUGUUCGGCGCUUGGAAUGACUCCUCAAAAAGGGGCGAAGGUGAUUCCACUGCCUCCCAAAUCGACUAUAGAGGCGGUGCGUGCAACCCGUUGCCUGGUAACACCCCAAACAAUUGGCUCCCUAAUUUGGCAACACUUAGGACUGCUCUUCUAAGGCGCCUUCUCUACGAUAUGUUUGCCCCACUAAGGAAUGGUAAGCCAAGCUAUGCCAAGGUUCUGCUGCACCCUUCGUCAAAACCCACCUCCAACACUGCAAAGGCGAAUGAGCCAAUAGAGCAGACGGUUGGCGUUGCAAACGACGCGCGAUCUGCCUGUGAACCAAUGGGCGCCCUGCGUUCCGCAGUUGGGCGAACGAAUGAGCGCUCCCCUCGCCGUCCCCAACCGGUAUGGGCGUCUGCUGCAGCAGACCCCGCCCCAAGAGGACCCAGUACUCUACAUGCCAAUGGAAAACCGCCUCGAACCAAACCAAACUCGAACAUGUGCAGACUCCUAAACCCACCACUCGCCAUCAUCAAAGAGCUGUGA